AGUGGCCUCGGGUUGACAACAGCUAAGCAGCCGCGGCAGCUGCUCCUCUCGCUGGCACCCUUACCCCCGCCCGACCCCAGGCUCGGCGCGUGCCCCGGACGGGAGCAGUCCUUCCUGCACUCACCUCCUGCCCACUGGCCGCCGUGUCAGGGUCUCGAACCCCAAGUGGUGGACGCGGGCUCCAGAAGUUGAAGCCAAGAGAGCAUGCAAGUGGCUCCGAGCAACAGGAUUCCCUCAGUAUGCUCAGCUUUUUGAAGAAGGUCUGUUUCCCUUGGAUAUUGGCUCUGUGAAGAAGGACCACGGUUUUCUGGACGAGGACUCUUUGGGGGCCCUGUGCAGGAGGCUGAUGACCUUGAACAACUGUGCCUCGAUGAAACUGGAAGUUCACUUUCAAAGCAAGCAGAAUGAAGACUCAGAAGAAGAAGAGCAAUGUAGCAUCAGCAACCACUGGGCUUUCCAGCGAGAAAGUAAAUGCUGGUCUCGUGGGGGCUCCUCUGACCUGCUGGCCCCCCCGAGCCCUGGCCUGCCGGGGACCUCCAGCUGUGAGAGCGUCCUCACAGAGCUCAGCGCCACUUCCCUACCAGCCAUCACCGUGAGCCUAUCGCCGGAGCCAACGGAACGGCCCUCACCCUGCCGUGUCCCCAGCCCGAGCAACCAGCUCCUCCUCAGCCCCGCCCAGGGCCAAGAGGGUCCCCGGGACAAAGCCAAGAAGCACCGUUCUCGUAGCUUCCUUAAGCACCUCGAUUCUCUGAGGCGGAAGGAAAAGGGUGGCGGUCGGCAAGCGGAGCCCGCGCGUGGCCCAGCCACCUUAGAGAAGGCCACCAAAGCCUCCUCUUUCUGCAGUCGCCGUGGCUUCCUCUCAGCUGGAUUCUACAGGGCCAAGAACAGGGCAGCCACCUCAGCCGGUGAUUGCGGCGCUGCGACUCAGAGGGCCUGGGAGGCCUGGCCUGUGGCCAUGUUUCGGCAUCCGCAGCGGGCGCACCGGGGGGACUGCCUCGUGCACGUGCCCGGGGACCACAAGCCAGGCACAUUCCCUCGCUCCCUGUCCAUCGAGAGCCUGCUUCCUGAGGACGGACAGCGCCUGGCAGAUUGGCAGCCAGGUAGGCCCCGGGGCUACGAAGGGCGCCGGGGUUCCUGCGGCUCCACGGGCAGCCAUGCCAGCAUCUAUGACAACAUGCCCGAGCUGUACCCAGCGGAGCCGCUACUGGCCAGGGCUGCAGCCGAAGAGGACGAGGGCGGGGGCAGCUACGCCCACCUGGACGACAUCCUCCAGCACGUGUGGGGGCUGCAGCAACGGGUAGAGCUCUGGUCCCGGGCCGUCUACCCGGACCUGCGGACUGGAGAUAAGGACGAGGAAGAAGAGGAGGAAGAAGAGGAGGAGGAGGUCGCUUCAGCUGCAGAGAUGGCCACAGUUGAGGUCGAGGGGCAGGCUGAGGCUCUGGCCCAGAUGGAGGCCCCGGCCCGCAGAGGGUCCUCGGCCCCGGGCCAGGCUGAUGUUCCGCCAGUGGUCCCAGCUCAGGUUCAGGGUCGGGCGCAGGCCGAGGCCGAGGCUCAGGCCCCGGGUCCAGCCCAGCAUAAUGGGCAGGAGGCAAAUUCAGGUGGGGAGCCCACCUCUGCCCCCAGCCUGACGGUGGAAGACAGGCACUCCGUUGCUGACACUGUGGCCUCCUCCGGCGAACUGGAAAGUAGUGGAAAGUCGCUGAACGAGCCCGAGGCCGCAGGCUCGCCGGCUGGACCUCAGGCAUUAGCACCACGGGAACGACGAGAUUCAGGCGUUGGGGCCUCACUUACCAGACCCUGCAGGAAGCUCCGUUGGCACAGCUUCCAGAACUCCCACCGGCCCAGCCUGAACUCAGAGUCCCUGGAGAUCAAUCGGCAGUUUGCCGGCCAGAUCCACCUCCUGCACAAGGGCUCGCUGCUGCGGCUCACCGCCUUCAUGGAGAAGUACACCGUGCCGCACAAGCCGGGAUGGGUCUGGUCAGUGCCCAAGUUCAUGAAAAGGCAUAAGACCCCGGACUACCGGGGCCAGCACGUGUUCGGGGUGCCCCCCCUCAUCCACGUGCAGCGCACCGGCCAGCCACUGCCACAGAGCAUUCAGCAAGCCAUGCGCUACCUGCGCAGCCAGUGCCUGGACCAGGUGGGCAUCUUCCGCAAGUCGGGGGUGAAGUCCAGGAUCCAGAACCUGCGCCAAAUGAAUGAGACCUCGCCAGACAAUGUUUGCUACGACGGCCAAUCGGCCUACGAUGUGGCCGACUUGCUGAAGCAGUAUUUCCGGGACCUACCAGAGCCUAUCUUCACCAGCAAGCUCACCACCACUUUCUUGCAGAUCUACCAGCUCCUCCCCAAGGAUCAGUGGUUGGCCGCAGCGCAGGCCGCCACCUUGCUGCUCCCCGACGAGAACCGCGAGGUCCUACAGACCCUGCUCUAUUUCCUAAGUGACAUCGCCUCUGCUGAAGAAAACCAGAUGACAGCCGGCAACCUAGCAGUGUGCCUGGCGCCUUCCAUCUUCCAUCUCAACGUCUCCAAGAAGGAUAGCCCCUCACCCAGGAUCAGGAGCAAACGCAGCCUGGCUGGCCGGCCGGGUGCUAGGGACCUGAGUGAGAACAUGGCUGCCACCCAGGGCCUAUCGCACAUGAUCAGUGACUGCAAGAAACUUUUCCAAGUCCCCCAGGACAUGGUGCUGCAACUAUGUGGCUCCUACAGUGCGGCUGAGCUCUGCCCUCCCGGCCCGGGCCUGGCUGAGCUGCGGGAGGCCCAAGCUGCUGGCAGGAGCCUGAGCCUCUACAUGGAGGAGAGCGUCCAGGAGCUGCUCCGUGAUGCUGCCGAGCGCUUCAAGGGCUGGAUGAGUAUGCCAGGGCCCCAGCACACGGAGCUGGCUUGCAGGAAGGCUCGAGACGGGCACCCCCUGCGUGUGUGGAAGGCGUCCACUGAGGUGGCGGCCCCUCCAGCCGUGGUGCUACACCGUGUUCUGCGGGAGAGGGCCCUCUGGGACGAGGACCUGCUGCGGGCCCAGGUGUUGGAAGCCCUGAUGCCGGGCGUGGAGCUGUACCACUAUGUCACCGACAGCAUGGCGCCCCAUCCCUGCCGCGACUUUGUGGUGCUCCGGAUGUGGCGCUCCGACCUGCCCCGCGGCGGCUGCCUGCUAGUCUCCCAGUCUCUGGAUCCGGAGCAGCCCGUGCCAGAGUCAGGGGUGCGGGCCAUGAUGCUCACUUCCCAGUACCUCAUGGAGCCUUGCGGCCUGGGCCGCUCCCGGCUCACUCACAUCUGCCGCGCUGAUCUCAGGGGCCGUUCUCCUGACUGGUACAACAAAGUCUUUGGGCACCUGUGUGCCAUGGAGGUGGCAAAGAUCCGGGACUCCUUCCCCAGCCUGCAGGCAGCUGGCCCCGAGACAAAGUUGUGA